GUUAUUGGCCUUUCAAGAAUUCCAUAUUUUUUCAUAUCAAAAUGCUUUGUGGGUCCAUUGCAUUAAUCAUCAUUUAUUCCUUAUGAUCAUCAUGAUAGUGGCUGCGUUCAGCUUCUUCGUUUUCUUCUUCUUGUGCCACCACCUUUUUUUCAGUCUUCUGCACUUUCCAUGACUGAAGUUAAUAGUGAGCAUCCAAGUGGUGGCAAGAGGUCUGCUGCUGAAUCCUUCGGCUACACCAAAUUCGGAUACAUGUUUGGAGUGUUCUCCAUCAGGAAUCCUCUGAAACUAGUUAUCAACUGUCUUGUUCUGCUCAAUUUUUUACAAAUCAUUAAUUCAUCCAAGGAACCUGACACUGAAGGUGGUGCUUUAAGAGAUCUUCUACUGGCACUAAAUGAUUCCAAUGGACAAAUAGAUUGGGAUCCUAAUUUAGUGAGCCCUUGCUAUAGUUGGACUAAUGUCUAUUGCAAAAACGGACAUGUUGUAUUCCUGAGCUUGAAUUCACUUGGACUUUCAGGAACUCUUUCACCUGCAAUCACUAAACUGAAGUUUUUGGUUUCCCUGGAAUUAAGGAACAAUAAUCUAUCAGGGUCCUUGCCUGAUUAUCUGGGCAACAUGGUGCAACUAAAAAAUCUGAAUCUUGCCAGCAAUAAAUUCAGUGGUUCGAUACCUGACACUUGGGAUCAGCUAUCCAAUUUAAAAUUUUUGAAUCAACAUUAUGAGGUUCUACAAGGCUUUUCGGUAGUCUUGCUCUUGCGAAUAUCAUCAUUCUUAAAACAUUUCUUGGUUGCUUUACAUGGCUGGGAUGUCUCAUCUAACAAUUUAACAGGAAGAAUACCAGAUAAACUCUUUUCAGUUGCAACAUUCAAUUUUACAGCGACUUAUAUUGCUUGUGGCCUGAGCUUUGAAGAACCUUGCCUGUCAAGGUCUCCUCUUCCAGUUUCAACCAGGAAGUUAAGACUUAAAGUAAUUGCAGCUUCUGCAAGCUGUGGUGCUUUCGGUCUACUGAUACUUUUAGUUGUCUUGGCAUACCGAUAUCAACAAUUUCACAAAGAGAAAAAUGAUAUCUUUGUUGAUGUUUCUGGCGAAGAUGACCGCAAAAUUUCAUUUGGGCAGCUUAGAAGAUUUUCAUGGCGUGAGCUUCAACUUGCAACAGACAACUUCAGUGAAAGCAACAUAAUAGGACAAGGAGGGUUUGGAAAAGUUUACAAAGGUAUCAUCUCAGACAACAUGAAAGUUGCUGUGAAACGCCUCGAAGAUUAUUACAGUCCUGGAGGAAAGGCUGCAUUCCUGAGAGAAGUUCAACUUAUUAGUGUUGCUGCUCAUAAGAAUCUUCUAAGGUUGAUUGGAUUCUGUACAACUUCAUCUGAGAGAAUCCUGGUGUAUCCAUAUAUGCAAAAUCUUAGUGUUGCAUACCACUUGAGAGAUUUAAAGCCUGGCGAGAAAGGCUUGGACUGGCCAACGAGGAAACGCAUUGCCUUUGGUGCAGCGCACGGCUUGGAAUAUCUACAUGAGCAUUGUAAUCCUAAGAUUAUACACCGUGAUUUAAAGGCUGCGAACAUCCUAUUAGACGACAAUUUUGAACCUGUUCUUGGAGAUUUUGGGCUAGCGAAGCUGGUUGACACAAAAUUCACUCAUAUUACAACUCAGGUGCGGGGUACCAUGGGUCACAUUGCCCCAGAAUAUUUAUCCACCGGAAAAUCAUCAGAAAAGACAGAUGUGUUCGGAUAUGGCAUUACACUUCUUGAACUGGUAACUGGUCAGCGUGCAAUAGACCUUUCUCGACUCGAGGAGGAAGAGGAUGUUCUUCUGCUUGACUAUAUCAAGAAGUUGCUGAGGGAAAACAGGCUUGAUGACGUAGUGGAUGGAAACUUGGAAACUUAUGACCGCAAAGAAGUCGAGACUAUUGUCCAGGUUGCAUUGCUGUGCACGCAGAGCUCACCUGAAGGCCGCCCCACAAUGGCAGGAGUGGUGAAAAUGCUGCAAGGAAUAGGUCUGGCCGAGAGAUGGGCAAAGCGGGAGCAGCAUGGGGAUGCUAGGAACCAAGAAUUCUCACUCAUGUCUCAGCAAUAUAUUUGGUCCGAAGAUUCGAGCAUUGACCAAGAAGCUAUACAAUUGUCCAAGGCAAGAUAAAGCUUCUCCAAGAUUUUGAGACAAACUUAUCAAACUAAUGCAUGAUAACGUACUACAUGUUACCUGUAGAUUGAUGUACAUAAGCUAGAAAAUCACUGGAAAACACAUACUAUCCCAUGUGGGUGGGCAUAUAGAACAUGCCAGUUUCAUCUUCUAUGUCUUGUAUCAGUUACAAUUGCAGUAAUUAAGGAUAUGGUAUUGUUUGGUAA